AUGUUAAUGCUGAAUAGUCCAGCAAAACGUCAAAAGAAAGUGACAAACUGGAUGGAUGAAUAUGAUGAGAAUGUCUUCCGCCCAACUCCCAAGAGACAUCAUCACACCCGCAAGAAUACGAAACCUCGACGGCUACUUGAAUCUAAGAAUCAUGUUGCUCGUGCAGAUCGCUCCUCUGUGCGGUCCAUUACAAGUCCAAGAGAUCAUGGAUCUCUUGAUUUGGAACGGUCACCAUCGACGCAAUUGAGUCCUCGCAGCCGAGAUGCAGUAAUAUCGCCUCAACCCGCACCUCCUCCUCGGCCAAAGGACCAGCAGCCGAUAAAACCGGCAAUAAAAACACAUAAGACACCUAGGAUUUCACGAACAAUUAGCUUUGCUCUCCGGGGGCUCGGUGUCGGCGUUCCACGAGCUCAGGCUAGUACAGGCGUCAACGCAGAACACGCGUUAGGCCGCGCUACCCCAGCAAAAAUUACAUCUUCUGCUAGUAUUUCCGAUAUUGAGAGCUCACCAAGACCUCCCUCUUCUACUCUGGACGAUAACUCUUCGAUAGUGAGCAUAGAAUUACCACCUCGCUCCAUUACACCUAGGAAGUCUACAGAAACCGUGAACAUGCCCCAGCCAUUAUCAAUCACUCAGGCGAGACCGAUAUCUAUCAAAAGCAUCAGUAGAAAAUCAAUCGAUGGAUCUCACGAUGACCGUAUCAACACCGAGGCACCAUUGCCCACAGCUGUAGAGAUGCUUAUGGAAGCGGGUACUCAUAGGGCAAGUCAAGGGCCCUUCCCUAUGAAAAGAACCGGCCCUCAAAGACCUGGGCCCAGGUUUGAGAUUACAAGAUCUCGCGACCCGCCUACCGGAGUAUCGCCAAUUCGAACACUCACUCCGUGGGUCAGGUCGAUCAAUCCCUCGAAUACUCCAAGAGCUUCGUUAAGAGAUGCGAGCUGGUUUGGCCGCUGGCAACAUGCUUAUCCGCGACCGCCGCAUGUCGCUGUGGUGAAAUGGAAGAGUUUGAAGACUCCAGCAAUUCUGCCCCUGACAACAGAAGAAUUUCCUACUUCCAAGGAGCUAGCGGCCAAUUACCUCGAGACACCAUAUCGAGUCUUUCCCAACGACGACCAUGAUACUAAUGAAACUUCGAGAUCUCAGGAAGACAUAUUGCGCGAUAUGGUAGCUCUCCGUCUCUCUCAUGGCUUCCAAAUCGUCAUUGGAGGCGCCGUCGCAGAAGCAUUCGGCGAACCUUCGCUAGAAGCGCUGAAUGUCUUUGACCCAAAACGUCUAGGUCAGGAAGAUGCAACGGUUGUCCUUUCAAAAGGCAACGUUGUUCAUAGACUAUCAAGCGUUGCUGGCGGUGAGAUUGAAGUCACAAGAUUCACGCGCCUUUCCAAUUCGUCAAACUUCGACAAGGGCGAUUCCCAUACUUACACCCAUGCCAUCCGCACAAUCUUGUCCAAGAAGUAUGAAUUGACCGAUGUAAAACUUGUGUCAUCGUUGGACGAGUACAACUGGAAUUAUGCCGACAAUUACAUUGCAGGCCAUCGAGACCAUUUGACGGAUCCGGCGAGACAGCUACGAUUCUGGCGAAUUCGAUUUGUGCUGAUUCCCUUACGUCUGCCUCCCAACGCCAGACGUCACAUCCAGUCUUUCAAUGAGGACAACGAGGAAGAAAUUCAUCUACUCGGCAUCAGUCAGUUGACCUCACUAUGGCAGCGCAAUAAAUACAUACCGGCAGACGAUAAACGAUUUCAGUCACAUGGUCGGACACAGAAGGAUCCGAAUCCGUUGAAUAUUCUUUACCAGACCCAAGAUCCUUCGGAUAUGGUAGGAGCUGAGCUUGAAAGACUGUUGCUCACUGACCCCGGACUUGACAAUGCUCCAGCCCAGCUUCUGCCCGAAUCAGAACUACUCGACCGAUCUGACUUCGGCCCAGGAUCGCUAAUGGACCUUGCACAAAUCAUGCAAGGCGAAACAGGUGUGCGGUUGAUGGAUCGAGGAUGGCAUUUUCGACUUCAUUAUAGCUGUUUUAUAGGCUCCGAGUUCACAACAUGGCUUGUCCAAACGUUCAGAGAUAUAGACAGUCGAGACGAAGCCAUCAAGUUCGGAAACGAGCUUAUGAAAUUGGGGCUGUUUGUCCAUGUGGAAAAGAGACACAACUUCAGAGACGGCAACUAUUUCUACCAGAUCGCCACGCAAUAUCGGGUUUCGCGUCCUGAGUCGAAGAGUGGUUGGUUCCCAGGUCUCACCGGAAGAUCGGACUACUCAGUACCUCCCACACCAACUGGAGAGGUGCCGCGAGAUUCUCCUUCAGUCGAUGCCUCCAAACCCGAGGUUUCAAGCGAGACGGUCACAUCAAGAAUGAAUACUCCAUCAAAGACCAAGAACAAAAUGACGGUCAUGCUCUCCAAAUCAAUGAAGUACGAUGUCAAUCCUCGCAAGCGUUCAAGCCGACCAGAAGUCGUGGACCUGCAUUACGACAGAUUACACAACCCAGAGAAUUGCUUCCAUAUUGAGCUGAGCUGGAUGAGUGCAACUGCCAAGUUGAUCGAUGAUGCGGUCACUCAAUGGGCCUCACUAGCAGAUAGAUACGGACUCAAGCUCGUGCAAGUACCGAUCGCAGAAGCGGCAGCUAUCGUCAAAACGCAAACAUUCAGAAAACUCUACCGCGUGAAACUGAGCGUUGAACCGCCGCCUCCACCUUCUAGAUCACUUUCAUUUGGCGCGACGACUUUUGCGCAACAAGGUAGACCUGAUAAACAUUUCUACCACAAGGCACUUUUGCGAAAGUUUGAUUUCGUUCUGGAUUUCGAGGCGGCAUCUGCAUUUUCACCGGAUGUAGAAGUUCUGUAUUCGUGGGGCAAACCAGAGUAUAACUAUACGCAAUACAUUCAUCGAUCAGGGUGCCUCCUCGCUCAGAUAUCUGACGAAGGAGAACUACUCUUCCUCGCAAAUCGUCUAUUUAGCACAAAAGGUGCAGCCGGCCGAGAUGCAACGCACCACAAAUUCGAUCAUCGAAACGGCGAUUUCCAUCGCCCUCGUACAAACACCUACACCUACGAUCCCAUGUUCUCCCCACGCUUAUCACCACUCAUCCGUGCCACCGCAGACCCUUCCACCUCAUCUUCCAUCCCCUCAUCAUCCUCAAACAACAACAUCCCGUCCCUAACCAUCAACCCACCCACCUCCUCCCUUACCAGUUUUCCUACAGCUUCCAUCGACUCCGCAAACCUCUACAAAACUCCCGAAAACCUUAAAACCCAAAUCGAAGAAUUCUGCGCCGACCCCAUCCGUCUCCAGCAAUUCUACGCCGAAGCACAUCUCCGCUCUACUUCAACGCGUAUUGGACCAACUCCCGUGCCACCGUCGAGUGUUCCGCACCCGGCGCUUGAGGCUUCAAUACCGUCGCUGGAGUUGCCGGCUAGUGUGUUGGGACCUCAUAUUUCGCCGCCCGCGCAGUUGGAGACGCAGUCUUUUUCGAGGAGUAAGGUUUUGCGCAGUUCUGAUUCCAUGGGGUCGCCGCUUAAGAUUGCGCUGGAUGCAGGGACUGUUACUACGGAAGAGAGAAAGGAGGAGGAAGGGAAAGAAGUGGAAACUACUCCGACCGAGAAUGAUAGGGAGGAUUGA